AUGGUUAAAGGAGAGAUCCUCACGCUCGGUGCUGCCGCCGGUGCCCUUGGGGGUGCCUACAAGCUCGCCGAGUUCCUCACCAAGGCCAAGCGCGUCCGCGACGUUGGCCCAUCCAACGCCGUCUACGUGCGCAUCAUUGGCCGCGUCCGAUCCGACCUCGAUGAAGUGCGACGCCUGCUGUCCAUCCGCGAGAUCCACGACAUCCUCGAGGCCAACCCAGAAAAGUCAAAGUGGGUCUACGGAUGCAUGCGCGACGUGCGCGGCGCCCUUGAGAACAUCACGCCGCACACGGAACGCGUCGCCGGCGAUGUCGAGGACGGCCGCCGCAUCGGCAUGCGGCACCGCGUCUACUGGCUGCUCAGCGAGAAGGAGAAGCUCGAGAACCGGGAGAAGGAGCUCGCCAUCGCGCAUUCCAGUCUCAGCGAGGUCAUCGGCUACCUGACUGCUCUGGAGCCAGUCGAGGAGCCCAAGAAGCCCAAAUCGACCCACAAGGAGACGCACAUCGAUAUCGACAUCCAUCAGGAACCUCCCCAGCCCCAGCCCCAGCCUCAGGCCCAGCCCACCCACACGACGCACAUCGAGAGGGAUGUCUGGGUUGAGCGUGAUGGCGCGCCGCCGCGACACGUAGAGGAGCACCGCGAUGUCUGGGUUGAGCGCGACCGUCAGCCCCCAGCUCACUACGAGGAGCGUCGCGACGUGUACAUCGACGAGCACCAGCGCGGACCCCAGCACUUCGACGACCGCGGCCCUGCUCCCCGUCACGACGCCCACUUCGAGCAGCAAGGCCGUGACGGCCGCUACGAGACGCACUACGACGAGCGCUACCAGCAGGAGGACCACUACCGCUCCCAGUACCCCAUCGAGACCCAAGGCACUUACAACCCGCGCUUCCCCGAGCCCCUCGGCCGCCGCCCUGAAUCCUACGAAGACCGUCUCCCCGAGCGCGAUUCCUGGAUGCAGAGCAACGCGCGCGCCCAACGCCCAGGUCAGUACGGCCCUCGAGCCCCUGCGUACGCCGAAUACGGCGCCCCGCAACCCAUUGGUGCAGCGCACUAUUCGCGUAGGUUCCAAGGAGACGCGGGCUUUGGCGACGAAGAAAUACUAAAUCCACAACCAGUGCCGUUGGACAGGAACUACGCCGACCGCGAGAUGUGGAUUGAACAAAAGGAGGACUACCGCUUCGAUCAGUAUGGAAACAGGCUGCCGGAUAGGCUCUUCCAGCCGGCUGUUCCUAGGCCCCAUCGCAGCCGCAUGUAA